UGAAUAUAUAAUCAAGUCACUUGCAUUGCCUUCUACCCAUCACAACAAUAGCAUCCAUAUCCAGAAUCUAAAGUUUCCUCCAUUUCUUCUCUUAAAACCUUUUCAAUUCAGUUUCUGAUCUAACAAGAUGAUCAGUGCCAAGAAACUCCUGAAAUUGGCAAAGAAAUGGCAGAUGCUGGCUGCCAUCAGGAGAAAACGGAUGUCAUUGCCAAGAACCAUCACAAGAAUUGAUACAAGCAGUUGCAGCAUACCUGCAAAAGCUGAGAAAGGUUGUUUUGUUGUGUAUUCUGCAGAUCAAAAACGGUUUCUGCUUCCUUUGGAAUAUCUUAACAAUGAGGUAGUCUCAGAGCUAUUCGACAUAGCAGAAGAAGUGUUCGGAAUGCCUAGCAAUGGGCCUCUCACAUUACCGUGCGACGCAGAGCUUAUGGAAUAUGCAAUUUCUUUGAUCAAACAGAAGGUUACUAGAGAGGUGGAACAAGCAUUGCUGACCUCCAUAGCUAGCAGUUGUUCAUCAUCUUUCCAUCUCCAACAUCAAGCAACAAUCCACCAUUUACCAAUUUGUAGCUUCUGAAAUAGAUACAAUCAGAUCUGUGAACAUAGAUUACAAGUGUACAUUAAUAUACAUCAUCAAGAAUCUCAAAA